AGGCAGUUACCAUGACUACAGUCGACAAGCGGAAGGUAGCUAAGUUAAACGUAAACAGACCACUUUUAGGUCCUAGCUAGCUAGCUACUUUGUCUCUGACCGGUUGUGAUAAAGUUGCGAGAGUUAAAAGACUUGAGAGAAAUGGAGACAGGACCGAUCCAGGUCAAAGUACCAGGCAGUAAUACCCAGUCUACAGAGCCCAUAGAAAAGGAGCUGCUUAAUUCGUUGACUAUGUGUGUCGAAGACGAGACUGAACAAAAAAAUAACUUGGCUGUACCUAAACAAAAGCAAGACAGUCCUGUUAAGAAGAUGUCCCUGAUGAAACAAGAGUUUAAGAGAGACAGGAUAGGUGACCUUGCAUGGAAGAGUGGACAGAUGGAGGCCUCUCUGAUGAAGAGCAGGAAAGACAUUAUGAAGCUGGAAAAGGCCAUUAAAAUAAAGAUGACACAAAAGAAACAGAUUGAACUGAACUUUGAGAUAGAGAACACAAUCUCUGAACAGUUCCUCAAGAGGAUUGAGAAGAAAGCUGAAGAUGCCAGAACCCUUUUUGAAAAAGAGAGCCAGAAGAGAGAAGUGGCAAAUUCUACAAUUGCGAAGUUAACUAAAGACAUAAGCACCUUAAAAAGUGAAGUCACCGAGCUUGAGGAUAUGCUGAAUAAGGAUAAGAGGUCCAAGAACAUUUUGUUGAAGUUGUCACCUCCGGAAUGGCAGGAGGGUUCAGGGUCCAGUCCGGGGCCAGUUAUGCCGUCCAGUAGCGAGCCUGCGCUGUCUUCUGCCCACGACGAUGCUCUCGACAGCUCAAAAUGCGAGGAGAAGCUGGAGCUGUACUUCUCUGAUCCCCAGCAGCUUCUGGAUCUGAUGGCCGAGUUGACGGAACAGAACCUGUCCCUGAUUCCACACUCCACCCGGGUGGAUGAGACACUGCAGGAGCUCCAGCAGACCAUCGAGGCAACCCGGAAGAAAAUGAAAAAGGACGACGAGAAGUUAACACUGCAGGUGACUGACAUGGAGGAGAGAAUCACAAACGAAUCAAAGAGAGCUACUUUGCUCAAAAAGAAGGUUCAGCUCCAUGACUCCAUGAAAACACAGGACCAGUGCCUACAGGACGUUAUGAUGGAUGCUCUGGCUGCCAAGGUGACAGAAGUGUAUUGCCACUGCGUGGACAGCCGCCAGUCCAACCUCAACACCUUGGAGAAGCUGUCCAGCGUGGAGUACUGUAUGACCCAGGUGCUGGAGCUCAUCGAGAACAUCCCACAGGAAGACCUGGAGACACUGAGGAUGAUCAAAGACAACGAGAGGAAGUCUAGGCUUCGUGAAGAGAAGCUGAGGCUGGAGAGGGAGCGGAAGCUAGAGAUGAUGAAGAAGUGCUUUCAAAGAUCCCAUGGUGGCAGGAAGAAAACACAUGGAAGAAGGCUCAUGCCCAGAUGUAUCCCUCUGCAGCAGAAGGUCAAAGUCAGCGAUGAGGACAACGUUCCUAAUGACGAUGAAUUCCAAGCCUCCCUCUUCACCACUGAGGACUCUGAAGCCGUAUGAAAAUUCACCAGUUUUCCAGAAAUAAUCUGACUGGCCACAGCCAGUGCAACCUCA